AUGAUUGGAUUGCAGAGUGAUCUUGUUUAAAAAAUAGAAAUAAUUAUUUCAUGUAGAAGUCUUAAAGACGCUGAUGUAUUUUCAAAGAGCGAUCCUUUUGUGUCAUUUAAGAUGAAAAACAAUUAAACAAAUUAGUGGUAUGAAAUAGGUCAUACUGAAACUGUAAAAGAUUGUUUGAAUCCAAACUUCAAAAAGAUAUUUUAAGUAGAUUACACUUUCGAAUAAAAGCAAGAAAUAUUGCUAGAGGUACUUGAUGAUGAUGGCAAAGGUAGCGCAGAUCAUAUUGGACUUUGUUAAACUACUAUUGGGGCUAUAGUAGGUGCUAGAAAUAAUACACUCAUCUUAGAUCUUAUUAACAAAAAAACAUAAAAAAAGAUAGAAAAAUCGAAAAUUAUUAUUAUUUCAGAUAAAGUCAGCGAGUGUAAUAGCUCUAUAAUUACUUAAUGGCAGGGUUAGAAAUUAACAAAUACAGAUGGCUGGUUUGAUAAAAGCGAUCCAUUCUUACGUUUCAAAAAAAUCAAAGAUUAAAAUACCUUUAUUUAAGAAUAUGAGACAGAAGUUGUAAAAGAUAAUCUAAAUCCUAUUUGGAAGCUUUGUGAGCUUUCUUUGGGAAAGCUUUGUGGUGGAGAUUUCUUCAGACCAAUUAAAGUGGAAUGCUGGGAUUGGGAAAAAAGCGGAAAACACUAAUUUAUUGGCGAAUUUACUUUUACAGUCGAUGAAUUAAAUAAAGGCAAAAGAGAAUUCAUUCUUACUAAUCCAAAGAUAAAGAAACCAGGCACUAUAGUAUUGACAAGAUAUGACUAUGUAGAGAAACCAACAUUCUUGCAAUAUAUCAGAGGAAAUACUUAAUUGAAUUUGAUGGUAGCAGUUGAUUUUACUGCAUCAAAUGGAGCUGUAAGCACUCCUUAAUCCUUACAUUACAUGAAUCCAUAGGUAAUGAAUUAGUAUUAGCAAGCUAUACAUUCUGUGGGAGAAAUUCUAUUAGAUUAUGAUUUUGAUAAAAAGGUUCCUUGCUUUGGCUUUGGCGGAGUUCCUCGCUAUCCUAAUUACACUUUUCCUAAUGUUUAGCAUUGCUUCCCUUUGAGUGGGUAACCAAAUAAUAUAGAAGCUUUUGGUUUAGGAGAAAUUUUGAACCUUUACAGUUAUUCACUUUAACAUGUAAGUUUAAGUGGACCUACUUUAUUUAACCCCAUUUUAACUGAGGCUUGCAGGAUAUCUCAAAUUCUCAAGUAAAAUGGAUCCUAAGUAUAUACUGUUUUGCUAAUUAUCACAGAUGGAGAGAUUCAUGAUAUGAAUGAAACUAUAGACACCAUAGUUAAUGCUUCUAAUCUUCCUUUAUCUGUAGUUAUUGUUGGAGUAGGAAAUGCUGAUUUUACAAACAUGAAUAGAUUAGAUGGUGAUAAUGGAAGAUUAACUAACUCUAAAGGGUAGCAGUCUAUAAGAGAUUUCGUUUAGUUUGUUCCUUUUAGAAAUUUCUAAGGAAAUGGUUUUGCACUUUGCAAAGAAGUACUUGCAGAAAUUCCAACUCAACUAGAGUAAUACAUGAUAGCAAAUAAUAUAAAACCCUAAUAGGCACCUUUAAUUAAUCCAUGCUAAGUAGCUAUGAAUUGA